CGUUAGCAUUCUACAAAUAUACAACAAAUAACUAGCUUUAACUUAUUGGUAGCCAUGGAGGUUGAGAGAGUCCAAGUCAUUGCUUCCUUAAGCUCCCACACAAUCCCCGCGGAGUUCGUAAUGCCCGAGACCGAGCAGCCCGUUGCCACCACAUUCCGCGGCCCAAUCCCCGAGAUCCCCGUCAUCGAUCUCAGUGAUCCAGACGAGGAAAACCUAGUCUGCCGCAUUGCGGAGGCGAGCAGAGAGUGGGGUUUCUUUCAGGCGGUGAACCAUGGCAUCCCUACCGAGGUCAUACGGAGGCUGCAGGAGGCGGGGACCGAGUUUUUCGGGCUCCCGCAGGAGGAGAAGGAGGUUUACGCCAAGCCGGAGGAUGCCAAGUCCAUAGAAGGCUACGGCACCAAACACCAAAAGAUCGUGAAUGGAAAGAAACCAUGGGGUGAUCAUCUCUUCCACAGGAUAUGGCCUCCCUCUCGCAUUAACUAUCAAUUUUGGCCCAAAAACCCUCCCUCUUACAGAGAGGUGAACGAGGAGUACGGGACGCAUGUGAGAGGGUUCGCAGAUAAGGUGUUCAGGAGUCUAUCGCUAGGGUUAGGGUUGGAAGCGGACGCUAUGAAAGAGGCAUUCGGAGGGGAAGAGCUUGAGUACAUGCUGAAGAUCAAUUACUAUCCGCCGUGUCCGAGGCCGGAUCUAACAUUCGGAGUUCUCGAACACACUGAUAUGUCGACGCUCACAAUUUUGGUUCCUAAUGAGGUUCCCGGUCUUCAAGUUCUCAAAGAUAAUCACUGGAUCGACGCCAAGUACGUCCCCAAUGCCAUUAUCGUACACAUGGGUGAUCAGAUUGAGGUUGCAAGCAAUGGGUAUUACAAGAGCGUAUUGCACAGAACCACAGUGAAUAAAGAGAAGGCAAGAAUGUCAUGGCCUGUAUUCUUAGAGCCACCACCGGAGUUUGUGGUGGGACCCAUACCCCAGCUUCUCAACGACCAAAAUCCUCCAAAAUACAAGUCUAAGAUGUUCAAAGACUAUGCCUACUGCAAGCUCAACAAGCUUCCCCAAUGAUUAACAUUCAUACCUAUUCCUUUAAUUUCCCUCGUUAAUACAUUAAUAAUGCAGCAAUGCUACCAUUUCUUUCAUUACUUUGUUAUUUUGCUCAAUAGAAUAUGUAUUUUAUCUAUGCUUAAUGUAGAUCAAUAACUUUUCUGGUGUUGAGUUCACACCACGACAAGAUGUAGAGGGUUGAAAUCCCAAAUAAUUUGUAUUAAUUAAAGUGUAUACAUGUUAAUUAUGUCUCA